AUGCUGGCAGACCUCGUAAACCUUCUGAAGCCUUUCGAGGCUGUUACGGUUCAACUUGGAGGCUCGUAUUACUCGACUUUCUCUACGGUUAUUCCUUGCCGCUACAAGCAAAAGACUCACCUGAUUGAGCAGCGGAACAGUCCAGGAGUGCACCCUUCAGUCUCUCGGGUAACUGGAGCGAUGUACAACAUAUUUGACGACAAAUGGAAGGCUCCAGGUGUACACGCAUUCAUCGCUAGCUAUCUGGACCCUCGAUUCAAGACCGUCGUUAAACAGAUGGACACCUAUCUUGUCGGUCCCGCCAAGAAGCUGCUUGCUGAGUUGAUCAAAGAGGAACAAGACCGUCAAAGGGAGGAGGCAGGAAAGGGGGCGUCUAUCAACGACGAAGGUGCGGCUUGCAUGUGA